AGUGCAGUAGCCUGUAUUUUGUUCGCAGACUGUGUUCGUUGUUAUCUUGAACUUUCACAAUAAUAGCUGGCAGUUUGGACGUCAAACUUUGCGUCAAGCACCAAUGACGAAUAAACAACGUCUACAACCAGUCCUAGACUCGGCUUUCCGCUCCCCAACCAGGAGUUAUCUGGAGCGGCGAUAAUCAGCGUGGGAAUUCAAAUUGGAGGGUACAAGUGCCUUUCCAUCUCCAACUUUGCUACAGUCUCCGUUAAGCUCAUCUAACACUCGUACCAUGUCUAUCUCUAAGAUCCACGCUCGUCAGAUCUUCGACUCCCGCGGUAACCCCACCGUCGAAGUCGACCUUUACACCGAAAAGGGUCGCUUCCGUGCUUCCGUCCCCUCUGGUGCCUCCACUGGCGUUCACGAGGCCGUCGAGCUCCGAGAUGGCGACAAGAACAACUACGUUGGAAAGGGUGUUAGCAAAGCCGUCGCCAACGUGAACGACGUCAUCGCUCCCGCACUGAUCAAGUCCGGCCUCAAGGUUACUGCCCAGAAGGACAUUGACGACUUCCUCAUUAAGCUCGAUGGUACUCCUAACAAAGGCAAGCUUGGCGCCAACGCCAUUCUUGGUGUUUCUCUUGCUGUUGCAUAUGCCGGUGCUGCUGAGAAGGGUGUCCCCCUCUAUAAGCACAUCGCUGAUCUUGCUGGUAUCAAACCUCCUUUCGUCCUACCCACCCCCGCUUUCAAUGUCAUCAACGGUGGUUCCCAUGCUGGUAACAAGUUGGCUUUCCAGGAGUUCAUGCUUCUCCCCACUGGCGCUACCAGCUUCACCGAGGCGAUGAAAUUCGGAACGGAAACGUACCACACCCUGAAGAAGGUCAUCAGCGCCAAAUAUGGUAUCGAUGCCGUCAACGUGGGUGACGAGGGAGGCUUCGCUCCGAACGUGUCUGGUGCCGAAGAAUCGCUUGAGCUUCUGACUGAGGCUAUUAAGAAAGCCGGCUACGAGGGCAAGAUCAAGAUUGCCCUCGAUGUUGCUUCUUCCGAGUUCUACAAGGACGGCAAGUAUGACCUUGACUUCAAGAACCCCAACUCCGACCCUACCAAGUGGAUCUCUGGCAAGGAGCUUGCGGAUUUGUACUUGGGUUACAUCAAGAAGUACCCUAUCAUCUCUAUUGAGGACCCCUUUGAUCAGGAUGACUGGGAGGCGUGGACUCACUUCACCAGCCAGAGCAGCAUCCAGAUCGUCGGUGAUGACCUUACCGUGACCAACCCUCUUCGCAUCAAGACCGCCAUCGAGAAGAAGGCUUGUAACGGCCUCUUGUUGAAGGUCAACCAGAUUGGAACGAUCUCUGAAUCGAUUCAAGCUGCUCAGCUCUCGCAGUCUGAUGGUUGGGGUGUUAUGAUCUCUCACCGUAGCGGCGAGACCGAGAACACUGUUAUCGCCGAUGUCGCCGUUGGUCUCGGUGUCGGUCAGAUCAAGACUGGUGCUCCUGCCCGAUCUGAGCGUGUGGCCAAGUACAACGAGCUUCUCCGCAUUGAGGAGGAACUUGCUGGAAAAUCCACCUAUGCGGGCGACAAGGGUCUUUCCAAGGGUCUCGAGGCCCCCGCUUUGUUGAAGAAGUAAAAAGGUCACGCACACGAUAGCGUGGGGACGGACGUUGCUGUAAUCUGAUAAGAAGGAAUGAAAUAGACUGUAUUUUUGUUGUUCUGAUAGUAUAUGAAAUGAUGCUCCCAUUGUAGGAAUAAAUAGUGUGGAACCGAAGGUGUAUUGUGUAGAAUCCUGGUGUGACUUGGUUUAUGUGGCACAUUCGCGUCUGAACCAAUGAUAGCGCGGAUCCGGGCGAUGCAUGUGCGUACCGCUAUGGUCGCACGCGCGCGAACAUUGGAGGAUAUUCGGAAUGCAGUUGUACAUCUGGGGUAAUACCUAUAGAAUGUACUACGCAGGUGCUACGCUUGAGUGGAGGAGAGCUAACCAAAUAACGCGUAAACAAGGCG